CAUAAUCGUCAGAGUACAGUGCACUAUUAUCGUCGUCUUGCAGCAGUUGUAGUUGGUAACUGCAGCGACUCGAUCGACGAACAAACACGUCGACAGUCAAGUUCACGAUGGCUACCACGAUUGUGUUUCAAGCAGUCGUCCUAGGACUUUUUAUUGUAUCCAGUGCGAUCGGUGAUGUCAUACACCUAAAAAACGUCAAACCAUGCCAUAAAACAGAAUCCCAAAAGUCGAACAACUUUGGCGAUCUUGCGUCCGCAACCGAUAGUCACACGAACGUGGCUUAUUCUCAUCCUUCCGCAUUCUCAUUCGGAGACAAGUCAUUCAGCCUCUCGUCUACCCCGGCUCCAUUUAAAUACGGAACUCAACCAACCCCUGCUCCGUUCAUAUUCAGAUCGCUGCAGUCUACACCUGUACCAUUCGCCUACAGUAGUUCAUCGUCUGCACCAGCUUUGUUCUCGGAUAGUACUCAGUCAUCUCCUCCAUCGUUUGAGUUCAGUUCAGUGCAAUCUACUCCAACCCCACUAACAUACAGUGGUCCAUCAUCAGCACCAGAGGACUCGUUCAAGUCCAUCGCCACGUUCUAUUCCCAUUCCACUCCUUCUACUUUCGCCAUCGAAUCCCAAUCCACCCCUACACCAUUCGCGUUUAGUGAUUCGUCAUCUUCUCCAGUAGUUUCAGUUAAGCCUUUCUCCACAUUUGAAUCCCAGUCUACUCCUGCUCCAUUAGAAUACAGCGCUUCAUCAUCCACACCAGAAAACUCGUUUAAGUCCAUCGCUACAUCUUACUCUCAGCCCACUCCCGCUCCAUUCGUGGUCGAAUCUCAGUCCACUCCUUUACCGUUUGCGUUUAGUGGUGUGUCUUCUGGCCCAGAAGUUUCAGUUAAAUCCUACGCCACGGUUGGAUCCCAGUCCGCUCCUUCUCAGUUCACUUAUUCCCAGGGAAGUGCCUUCGCUCAGUCCGGAGGAUACUCUGCACCAUCUCCAGCUCAUGAAAUUACCAUCAACCGAGAAGUACCAGUACCGUACUACGUUCAAAUCGAAAAACGUAUCCCGUAUCCAGUGCUGGUGCGCGUUCCACACCCAUACCAAGUAACUGUUGAGAGGCAUGUUCCAUACGCAGUUCGUGUAAACGUUGACCGAGCUGUACCCGUUCCGAGCCCGUAUCCAGUUGAAGUAGAGAAACGUGUCCCCUAUCCGGUCGAUAAACCAGUACCAUACGAGGUUCGAGUGCCCGUUGACCGGCCAUACCCGGUAAGCGUGCCAUAUGAAAAACCUGUGCCAUACGCAGUCGAGAAACCAGUACCUUAUCCAGUUCGUGUUAAUGUCGACCGUCCGUAUCCAGUCGAAAAACCUGUGCCAUACCCUGUUGCUGUCGAACGCCCAGUUCCAUAUGCUGUUGAGAAACCUGUGCCCUAUCCAGUCGAAAAGCCAGUCCCAUAUCCUGUUGAAAAACGUAUCCCGUAUCCGGUGAAAUACGAAGUGCCAGUUAACGUGCCAGUUCCCGUCCAGGUCAGGGUGCCCGUGAACGUCGACAGACCAGUACCGUAUCCGGUUGAAAAGAAGGUUCCGUACCCUGUAGCCGUUCCGUACGAGGUCAAGGUCCCAGUACCCGUUCAAACCCCAGCUCAACGUUUUGCCACUGUCCACUAUUAUCAACAGUCACCGAUCGUCGUGCAGCAAGGAUCGUAUAAGUCAUAUGCUUCCGGAUCGACCGUAGCUCCAGCCACUGACAAUCUCCUCUACCAAUCUUCCUUAGUGUCUGGAUCUAGACAAACUGAAUCUGAUUACGCUGGAUCUGACUUUAUCAAAUCUCAAUAUUCUGGAUCUGGCCUAGCUAAGGAGAGUGGCUCGUAUAGUUUCGGUUCGACCGUAGCUCCAGCCACUGACAAUCUCCUCUACCAAUCUUCCUUAGUGUCUGGAUCUAGACAAACUGAAUCUGAUUACGCUGGAUCUGACUUUAUCAAAUCUCAAUAUUCCGGAUCUGGCCUAGCUAAGGAGAGUGGCUCGUAUGGUUUUGGGCAACAGUCUUUCUACGGUUCCUCAACACCUGUCCCGUCGUCAACAGCUAGAUAUAUAGCAUCAUCGUCUUCACCUCAGUACGAGUCGUCUGACUUUGAAGCAGUAGCCCGACAAGUUUCCGUUGGAGGAUCAGCCAAUGUUGAGUCUCAGCAGAUUGAUAAUCUUGAUGUUGGUAAAAAAUAAACUUUCAAAAUGUUUUCACCA